AUGUCUACGUCGGUGGCGAAGGAAGAAAGAAAGAAGAGACGUACUUUGGUGCUGAGGCCCUCUUCUCGAGCUCAGAACGUCUCCGUGUCCGGAGCUCAUGGACUCAACCAGAGACACACCAACAGCGUCGCCGGGUCCUGCAGCCGGAGAAGCUUCAGUCUGGGCGGAGGCAGCAAAGUUCUGGAAAAGAGCGUCGUUCAGACUCCUAGACAAGCGGCUCGGGUGUUUGACGAAGAAGACAAUGAUGUCACUCCUCUGCCGCUGUACCAGGCAGAUCCAGGAUCAGUGCAGGCCAGAGCCAGCAGGUUCUUUGUGGAUGAAAUUUCUACUGGAUCAGCAUCAGACCAGACAACAGCCACGGGCAGCUUCACCAUGCCGUUUUCCAGGUCAGUGUUUGGCAGCAGCAGAAUAUCCAGCCAGUCUACAAUAGAGUCAAUGAACGAGGAGAUUGAGGACACGAUCUCCAAACGAGACAUGCCCAUCAGCUUCCCAGAUGUGCAGGGGAAAAGAGAAUCUGUGAGAGAACAGCUGACAGAGGAAAUGUUGAGAGAAGUCAUAGAUGUCUACAUCUCUGAGACAGACAGCAUUUCACUGCUGGACAUACCCAGCACCUUGGUGUCAGUGGACGCUGAUGAUGCAGAGGUGAUUGUAGUGAGGAACAAUCAUUACGCUGAUGUCUGCAGGAAUAGAAUGGGCAAUGAUAAGUACACGGAUCAAUCAGUGCAGACGCUGAACGGAGCAGCUAAGAACAAACAUGUCCAGAGUGACAGCAUCGUCAUGGUGGACACAGGUACAACUGUCACCAGCUGGGACAUGUAUGACACGUUGUGCGGCCCUGAGCAGGAUGUCACGGUGCAGAAGCCUGACCCGGUACAGAAUGACUAUCCAGAGGCUGCUGCUGUGGACACCAGCAGAGCUGCAGAGAGGAGCGUGUCAGUUGGCAGCACAGCCAGUACAGCCAGUGCUGAAAGCUCACUGAAAGAAAUGGAGGUGUUAGGGAGUUUAAAUGCUGAGUCAGACCUGCAGCUCAUCAUGCUGUCAGUGAGAUUCCAGCAGAGCUUACUGGUCAUGGAGAGGAGCAUCCUGGGAAACACCUUCCAACCUCAGCUGGCUGCUUACAGACAGCUGCCUGUGCGAGAAGACCCAGACAGACCCAUGGGGCAGAGAGACAAGGACACAGAGAGCUGCAGAGCUCCGGCUCUGGAGUGUCUGUGGUCUUUCAGCUGUGAGCUCAGCAGAGGACGCAGUGUCAGCAGCAUGGCCUGGAACAGGAAGAACCCGGACCUCCUGGCUGUGGGCUAUGGUGAAUCUGACUCCACUAACCAGAGACCAGGUCUAGUGUGCUGCUGGUCCUUCAAAAAUCCCACAUGGCCUGAGCGAGUCCUCCUCUGUGACAGCGCCGUGACGUCUCUGGACUUCUCAGCCAAGAGCCCCGGGCAGCUGGCUGUGGGACUGCAUGACGGCACCGUCAACAUCUACAACGUGCAGAGUCAAGACGACAGGUCGCAUGUCUUCAGCAGCAGUGAGUGUCCCAACAAGCACCUGGGCCCAGUGUGGCAGCUCAGGUGGACUCAACAGGAGCUGAGCCUGACAGGAGAGGAGAAGACCGAGGCUCUGUUCUCUGUGUGUGCAGACGGCAGGAUCAGCAAGUGGUUUGUCUUCAACAACGGCCUUGACUGCACAGAUGUGAUGAAGCUGAAGAGGAUUCAUAACACAAGGAAGAACAAUAAAGGACAGAGGACAGAAAGUGUUCUGUCAGCACUGACUCCUGGUCUGUGUGUUGACUUCCAUCCAACAGACUCCAGUCUCUACCUGGCCGGUACGGGGGAAGGUCUCAUCCACAAGUGCUCCUGCUCCAACAGUCAGCAGUUCCUGGAGACUUUCAGGGAACACUUUGGUCCUGUGAACCAGAUUGCGUGGUGUCCACACAGUCCUGAUGUGUUCCUGAGCUGCUCCUCUGAUUGGACCAUCCAGCUUUGGAAGCAGGACCACCUCAACCCUGUGUUAGGCUUCACCUCCGCCCAGAGGGCAGUGUGCGAUGUCCAGUGGUCCCCAAAGUGGGCAACAGUGUUCGGAGCCGUGAAUGAGGGACAGCUGGAGAUCUGGGACCUGAACUGGAGCAUUCUGGACCCGGUCUCUGUGCAGCCGGCUGCUGCCGGUGUGAAGAUGACGUCCCUGUUGUUUGCCACACAAACAGAAUGUGUCCUGGUCGGAGACAGUGAUGGACAAGUGACAGUCUACCAGCUGAAGAACCUCAGUGUGGGAGACAGCAGCCAGGUGGAUGUUAUGGAGGAGCUCAUCCUCUCUGCAGCCUCCAGGAAACAACAAAGGUCUUAUAAGCAAGCUAUAUCAUGGCAUCACAUCACUGAACAAAGAUACAACGGACUAUGUAAAACAAUGAUGGGAAAAAGAACUGGACAUUGA